GAAAGAGCGAGAGAGAGGACCACUCCAGCUGCUGCAGUGUUUCUUUCUUGAUGAGCUCCACUGCUGCCGAGUUAUUAGGUGAAAGUUCAGGUUCUGAGUUAGCAGCUUCAUAUCCAGAAGCCGCUUGCGUUCCCGCUGCACCAUGGGACACGUCCCUCUAGCAUUGCUCCUUCUCUGCUUUCUGGCGUGUAGCAUUGACGGAUUAAGCCUGCCUAUGCCUUUAGGCUCUGGCUCCGGCGAAGAAAGUUUUUUACCGCGCCAGCCGUCCCUACCCCAGGCAGAGUGUGAGUACGGUAAUUGGUCGGAAUGGAUACCCGUGUCCUUCGGAACGCAGUCGAGCGGAAUCGGAUGUCCGAAGUACAUUGAGUAUGAAAGGACUACAGAGCGUCUCCCGGACGAGGGAUACUGCAAUGGAGUUAGCCGGAAGGUUGAAACGAAUAGAACAUGUUUGCCUUCGCCACAAGAGCAACUCGAGAUGUUGAAACAGGCGUUCGACACCGAGUUUGAUGGCGUAAACCCUCCAGAUACUCGUCCGCGCUACGAAGUACCGCAGGCACCAAGACAAGCUCCACCACCGCAAAAUAACCCUAUUGCGCAAGGUCAACACCCACCUCUAGUGGCUCCAGGUUACUCACUCAGCGCACCAGGGCCAGCACCUGGACUAGUCGCAGGGCCUCCAGUACUUCCAUAUGCUCCAGGUCCACGAGCACGCAUAAUACAUCCACAGCGUCCAGCACCUCCAGCACAAUUUCCACCAAGACUCCAGUCGCCACCACAUUUCUACCCAAGCCUGGGUAGCGGCGCUGUACCUUAUAGAAGCAGGAUUGACGAUCACAGCGAAGAAGAAGAUACCGAUCCUGAACCACCGUCUGACUCUAUCACACCGGAGGUAGAUGAGCUUCCCUCACCUGACGACCUCCAGGAAGACCCUAAAGACAUUGCUAUCGUAAUUGACGCAUCCGGAAGCGUUCGCCGAAACAACUACGAACGCGCAGUGCAAAACAUCGCCACACUGAUGGGCCUCAUGUGCUACAAAUGGAAAGGUCCAGGGCAGCCUUCGGAUAUCCGGCUAGCGCUCAUUAUCUACUCCACUAAUGUGCAGAUAGUCUUCAACUUCACGCGCUCCACCGAGAUCCACAUCAGUGCUGAAGCGAUCCGAGACAGCUUCAUGGCCGCCCAGCGACUCUGGUGGGUAAUGGGAGGUUCCACAGCCACAGCGCCCGCUUUGGAACGUUGUAAGUCGCACAUCUUCCAACAUAAGUUUGGAAUGCGCACGGAGAGCAAAAAACGCCUCAUCCUGCUAACAGACGGCUACUCAAAUCGUGGAGGUCCACCGACACCUUAUGCUGAGAAACUUCACGAUGAUGUAGGCGUGGAUAUCUUUCCGAUCGGCAUUGGCACGGGCGUCAACCUGCGUGAGCUGCAUUCUAUGAAACUUAUACAAGACAAAAACAAUCUCUUAUCAAGAUUGCUGAUCCUACCGGAUUUCGCCUCGCUAGCGAGGAUCGUCGAAGAGGUCUCCAGAGACACCGCAACCAAGCAGUUUUGCCAGUCCAAACUUUUGCGAAAGUAAAAGUGUACAUGUAUGUCCAACGUCCAAGUCUGCUCUAAAAGUCCUGGAUUCGGCUCACCCAUUAAAAAAUAAUUUUUUAGGCAAGGCGGAUAGAUGUCAUUCAAUUCUCUGUUUUGUAUUAGCUUUUUUGUCCCCCACGUCUUUUUUGGAAUUUUGCCAGUCUGAUAUAUUGGUGAUGUCUUUGUGCUACCCUUCUUUUUCAUUGUAUUGUCAAUGAAAUGCCCCGUGCCCUUUCGUUUUACACUUUUUGUUUGUGAUAGUACCACGCCGACUAGCGUGAUUAGCGCAAUUGGUCUCUCUGUAAAUAUUUGUAAGUAACUGAGCUCGUUUCGAAUUGCUUUGGAACUGGCCAGUAGACUUCGAAAAAUUGCAACGCUCAGCAUAA